UGCGUAUGUCUUCCUUUCUCUACUUCCUGUAAAACAUCAGUGGUCUCCAUGUGAGAAAUACUCACUCCAAGAUAACUCCGUUUUACCAGCUGAAGAACAUCAUGCUCCGUCGAGAGGUGAGGCUGAGGCGAGAGUACCUGUACAGGAAGGCCCAAGAGGACCGGCUCCAAACUAUUGAAGAGACCAAAAAAAAGCUGAGGGGCGCACUUGAUGAAAAUCGUCUUCUUCCAACUGAGGUACGCAAAGAAGCCUUGCAGCUACAGAAACUCCUCGAGUAUGACGACGAAGGGGCAGAAGGUGUCGGCUCACACAUGGAUGAUGAGUAUAAGUGGGCCGGAGUUGAAGAUCCUAAAGUCAUGGUCACUACAUCCAGAGACCCUAGCUCCAGACUCAAAAUGUUUUCUAAGGAGAUGAAGCUAAUGUUCCCUGGAGCCCAGCGCAUGAACAGAGGAGGCCAUGAGAUCAGCGCACUGGUGAGAGCCUGCAAAGCCAACAAUGUUACUGACCUCGUCAUCGUGCACGAAACAAGAGGACAGCCAGAUGGCCUGGUGGUGUGCCACUUGCCAUUUGGACCCACUGCAUAUUUCACACUGUACAAUGUGGUAAUGAGGCACGAUGUUCCAGACAUCGGCACCAUGUCUGAGGCCUACCCCCACCUCAUUUUUCACAACUUCAACUCACGACUUGGCAAUAGGGUAUCAAAUAUCCUCAAGUAUCUGUUUCCUGUGCCAAAAGAGGACAGCAGGCGUGUAAUCACAUUUGCCAACCAAGACGACUUCAUCUCUUUCAGGCAUCACACCUACAAGAAAACAGACCACAAGAACAUUGAGCUGACAGAAGUUGGACCCAGGUUUGAAAUGAAAUUGUACAUGAUCAAACUGGGCACCCUGGAGAAUGAGAGUACUGCGGAUGUUGAGUGGCGCCACCAUGCAUAUACACACACUGCCAAGAAAAGGAGGUUCCUCAGUGUGCAAUAGGAACUACUAAAUCCUUGCCAAGUUAUCGUCUUUUGGACUGUGUUUUAAAAAUUCUAAAAAUGUGUAGUUUAUAUAAUGAAACAUGAGUUGUUUUUGUUAUAAAUUUUGUAUUGAAUA